CAGGAAAAAGUGUUUCCGAAACCAGUUUAUUCCUAUAGUUGUUUGAUUGCUCUGGCUCUUAAAAACAGUGACAGUGGCAAUCUACCUGUUAGUGAUAUUUAUACCUUUAUGAUAGAUAAUUAUCCUUAUUUUAAAACAGCUCCAGAUGGUUGGAAGAAUUCUGUAAGACACAACUUGUCUCUAAAUAAAUGUUUCCAAAAAGCUGACAUCCAGAAGAAUGCCAAUAAUGCUAAGAAAGGAUGUUUAUGGGCGUUAAACCCAGCCAAAGUUGAGAAAAUGGAGGAAGAAAUUGUGAAAUGGAGGCAAAAAGAUCCACAGACAUUACAUCACAGUAUGGCUCAUCCA